AGCGACUGUAAAGCGGACCGCUCCUUCUUCAGCCUCUCAUUCGACCUGCAGCCUCGCUAUUCGUCAGUCGGACGCACAUUAAGUGAGACUCCACCAUGUCGGACGAGGGUAAACUGUUCAUCGGAGGACUGAGCUUUGAGACCAACGAGGAGUCUCUGGCUGCGGCCUUCGGCAAAUAUGGAACCAUCGAAAAAGUGGAUGUGAUCAGAGACAAAGAGACGGGGAAAUCUCGCGGCUUUGGCUUUGUGAAAUACGACAAUUCAGAAGAUGCCAAAGACGCACUGGAGGGCAUGAACGGCAAGACUCUAGAUGGACGGUCAAUUCGUGUGGAUGAAGCAGGAAAGGGAGGACGUACCAGGGGAACUUUCAACUCUGGUGCCCAAAGAGGAACGCGUGGUGGUGGAUUCAGCGGGCGUGGUCGAGGUGGAUACGGUGGUGACAGGAGCUACAGUGACAGGAGUUACAGCGACAGAAGCUUCCAUUCUGAAGGGAGGUUUGGUGGCAGCCAGUACAGGAACAGCGGAGGUGGAGGAGGCGGUAGCGGCGGCGGAUACUCAAGCUACAGAGACAACAGGGGUCAGGGUGGAUAUAGCGACCGCGGUCCAUCCUACCGUGAUGGAUACGACAGCUAUGCUGCAAACGAGUAAACAUCUCCCUGAUUCAAGAUCAUCACUUGGCUGGCUGUAUUUCAAAGAUGCGCUCCUCAAGAAAAAUGUCCACGUGUUAUUGCUGACCUUAGUUUUGUAGUUCUGUUGUAGUAGCUCAAGCAUCUUAAAAAAAAUGUAGCCAUGAGUUUUGGUCAUUCCUUAACAAACCAUGUUACAAAUUACAGUUCCAGACUCUUACCUUGCUUGAUUGGGCAUCUUAAUUCCUCAAAGGUCGUUUAUUAACUAAAAGGCAUCUGUGUAAUCUGAACAGUACUGUAAUUCCCAAUUUUUGCGGACCGAACAACUGCUCUCCACAUGGCCACUACCAUCGCUAUAGACUUUGUCCAGCACGUAAAGUGUUUCCUGAUUUUGAUUCCUUAGUUUUUUCCUUCUUUUUAUAUUGAAAUAUCCGAUGGGCUUGUUCGUUUUCCUUUACUUUUUUCCUCGCUCAGUCUCAGUGGCUGACCUACCUCUUGCCAGGUUUUAAAGCGAUUGAGGAAAGAAAUCCGAAUUACUCCUAAACAGACUUUUGGGGGAUUUUAUGCUAAAUUUCUUUUACUAUUAAAAAAAAAAAAACUUAGUCUAGCUGAGGCUCCUGUGUUCAAAGAGUGAAUUCCUUUCAGACUGGUGAACUACACAACCGAAGUGGCCGGCUGUCAUGAAGUUGCAAAUUGCAGCAUGCUACAGUCUGUCCAAGGUAUCUUUUGUGCUCUGCUCCACAUCUGCAUUUUAAAUGUGCUGUAAAAUGGACUAAUCUUGUUUAAGUGAUCGAAAAAUGUAACUUCGUUUCCCCAAAGUAAUAUCUCAACCGGGAACAGUUUUGUACUUUAUGUUCUUUGUAUGAUCAACAUUUUUUUUCUUUGUCAGUUUGGCUUCAUGGAGCCUAUUAAACAGACUGUGGAAAAUAA